AAUGGUAUUGUCUAUCUCCUUCUUCAACCACUUCAGUAGUCGAUUCUUUCAACUUCUCUCUCUAGGGCUUGGCUUCUCGAUUCCCCUUUUUUCUUCUGCAGAGUGUGUUUUACAGUGUGCUAAAUCAGGAAUUGAAGUUGAGAAGAACUGCUGAGUUGAUCGACAGUUUGGUUAAAUGGGAACUCAACUGGAUUUUCUCAGUUACCUCAAUGAUGAGAUGUCAGGGAAGAUUUUCACAUGUUUGGAUGAUCCGUCUGAUAUUGCGCGUGUUAGCUGUGUCUCUCACUCUUGGCGAAAUUUUGUGAUAGCUAAUGGUUUUGCCAAGCAUCUGUGCUUGAGGAUGUUUCCUCAAUUAUCUAGAGUUGAUCAUGUGGUUGAGCCAGCCUCCAUGGCAGAAAGCCUUGUGGCAGUUGGAUCUAGUAACAUGGAAUGGGAAACUUUGAAGAAAGAGCACAGGGCUUAUGCCUUCUUGGCUCGAGGUUUUAUGUCAUUUCCUGAAGAAGAGAAGUGCAUCUCAGAAGCCAUCAUUGCUUCCAGCACUGAUCAUCCAUGGGAAAGCAUAGAUAAUACUCUGGAGAAGAAUGAUGUGGUGGGAGUGAGAGCUUCAUACUGGUCAAGUAAAGGAUACAGUAAUCCUGUAGUCCCUGAAGCACUAACUUACAAAUUGGUGGCUGAUUUGUGUGUUGUUACUGAAAUCAGAAUAAAACCUGACAAAGAAAUUUUCGGUUCAGCUUAUUUCGAGCAUCGCUUCCAUAUAUAUUCUGCAAAAUCUGUUCGAUUCCGAAUGGGUCACCUCAACCCCUACUACAAUGGUAAUCUUAUGGAUGAGUCAUGCCCAGAUUCUCUUGGUGACAAGUUUGUGUGGACUUACACUUCACAAGACUUUCCAAUGGUUCAGGUGGGUUCAAGUAGCUCAAUUGAUUUUCCUCAUGGCUCCUAUGUGGCUCACGUUCAGGUUGUUGGACGCCCAUUAUCUCCAGCAUUUGGAAUUGAAAUCCUCGAGCCCUCUGAAAAUUUUGUGUUGAAAGCUUUGAGUUACACAAAACCACAGACUGUACCUCAGGAAACCAGGCGAGCAGCUGAGAGAUGGCAUAGAUGGUUAAUAGACAAUCAACAGAUUAUGAAUAUAAUGAGGGGUACUGUAGUUGACCUUGUGGAAUAUCAAUGGGAGGAUGAAGACAGUAAUGAGGAAUCAGAUGAAAACAGUAAUGAGGAAUCGGAUGAAGAUGGUAAUGAGGAAUCCGAUAAACUAAACUUGCGUUGAAGAGCUUGUGUAAUCAUAUCAUACAAAAUAAACUUGCCUUGAUAGCUUGUGUAGUACUGUUAUAUAAAAUAAACUUGCCCCAUUAUCCUUCUCAUCUGGUAUUCUGGAGAUAAAUGUUCUGGUCUGGCAGCAUUGAUUAUUAUUUCUCAGUAGGUAGCAAAUGGUGGCUUUUGUGGUUUGGCACUAUUAGUUUAAGUUUCAUUUUUGCUGAAAUUAUUCUUUUCCCUUGUUUUUGAUUUGCAAAAAGAUAAGUCUCUCAGAAGCAGUGAUGAUACUCAUUAAUAGAACCAUUGACAGGCAGAUUGUUUGCAGAGCUUUAAGCUUCCAGAACCUGUUCUUUGCAUUGGUGGAAUAUUGCAGAUUGAGCUGCGGGGUAGAGUCCAAAGAAAUUGAAAUGGUUUAU